AUGUCAGGGUGUCGUGCGGUCUCACGGCCGCUGACGAGGCAAUUGAGACCACAAUGCGUCAUCCGGACACUUACCAGCAGCGCCGUCCGCGCCUCCGAGACGACAACCUCGACUCAGGAGCCGACCGCAUCGACAUCGGCGGCGCCCCUGGACCUCGACCCCAACACCGUGCCGCGUGAGCUCGAACAGGAGCUCAUGGACCAGGGCACGAUGCCGAUCGGCUCGCGCCGCCGCCGCGAGGCCAUCCGCACGACCGGCGGCCUGCCCUUUGAGCAGCUGCCGUACCAGGCGUUCCAGGAGGCGCGCAAGAUUCUCGCCGCCGACCGUGCGACCAAGGUGGCGAGCCUGCAGGCGACCGUUGACAAGAUCACCGCCCUCGAGGCCGCCGACGCGGUCACCAUCAAAGGCGGUGAGACCAUGAAGCAGAUCCGGCUGCGCAGCCUGCGCAAGGAGGCGCACCGCCUGACGAUCCUGGCGGACAUUAACGACCCGCUCGUCAAGCGACGCUUUGAAGAUGGACUGGGUGACAUGACCAAGCCCAUCUACCGGCACCUGGCCGAGAAAAAGUGGCGCGCGUACGACUACAAGCUCAUUGCGCAGCGCAUCGAGCAAUUCUCUAUCGUGCCCGACAUCCUACCCAAGCUCGACCCCGUUGUGGACGUGCGGCUGUACUUUGACGGCGCCAAGGUGCCGCCCGGCGCCGUCGUCCCCAGCGACGUCUCCGAGCGCGCGCCGCCGCGCCUCCGCGUGCAGGCCUUUGACGACCGCGGUGAGCGCCUCGUCACCGUCGUCGUCGUCGACGCCGACGUCCCCGACCUCGCCGCCGACGGCUUCCUCAAGCGCUGCCACUACGUCGCCGCCAACAUCCCCGUCAGCCCAUCCCUACCCGGCGUCGCUCUGCCCCUCCUCACCGAGAGCGGCAGCAGCGACGGCACCGCCGGCGGCCAGGUCGCCGUAUCGUGGCUCCCGCCACACGCCACCAAGGGCUCGCCCUACCACCGCAUGGGCGUCUUCGUCCUCGAGCAGGGCGCCGCCGUCGACGUCGCCAAGCUCAAGGAGCUGUACGCGCACAACCGCGACGGCUUCUCGCUCAAGUCGUUCCGCGAUAAGUUCUCGCUGUCGCCCGUCGGCUUCGGCAUGUUCCGCAGCGAGUGGGACGAGCACACGGCGAACGUCAUGGCGCGCCACGAGCUCGAGGGCGCCGACAUGGAGCUCCGCCCGCGCCGCGUCUACAGCCUCAAGCCACCCGUGCGGCCGCGCGGCUGGGAGGCCAAGCACCAGAGCGGCAAGUACCGCCACCUCGACAAGUACACGAAGCGCAUCAAGGGCAUCUCCAACGCGCGGGGGUGGACGAAGCGUCGCUGA